AUGACAGCAAUAACAGAUGGUACCAAACCCCUCAGGAUUGAGAACAGAAAUGACGACUACGAUAACGGAGUAGUUCAAUAUCAAAGCAAUACUGACGAGGACAGAGGACGACUGGAUCGGGACGAGGUCGAUUCAGAGCCUCAAAGGUCAAGAACAACCAUCUACGAUCUCCCCUUCGACGUCCUGAUCGUCCUCUUCGGCUUGUUGAACGAUGGCACCAAACAAGGACGGAUCGCCUUGCUCAACCUCACUUUGACAGAUGCAUUCUGGCCGUGGGCGGUAGGCGAUAUGGUAUUCAGUCAUGACAACUUUAUCAACGACAUGACUUACGAAAGAGGUUACUGGUUUGUUUUUAAUGCUGUAAAUCCAGGUGUGUAUAACAAGCUAGAAGGACGACUUUUGGAGGAAGAGAAGCAUUUGCUAUAA